AUGAGCGGCACUGCAAGUGUACAGAUUCAGAGUACAGCGGGGGCUGUAGCUAUAAAAAAUGAGAAAGGUGAAUUAUCUAUGCAGAAAGUUAAAGUGCAUAGGUAUGUGUCAGGUAAACGGCCAGAUUACGCUCCUGUGUCGAGUAGUGAAGAAGGUUCUGACGGCGAAGAUUUUACUGAGUUAAAACUAUUGCUUCCAAGUAACAAUAAAGGACUACUUCAACUACCAGAUAGGACUUUUUCGCAACCUGAAGAUAUAUCCAGUGACCCAAGGCUUAGGCGACUACAGGCGAUACAAGGAAUUACCACAAUAAAGUGUCGGAGGCAUGAUGCAGUCGCAACAGCUGAAACUACAGACAACACGAUGACACACGAAGAAAAUAAAACAGACAAUACUGACGAACAAAAAUCGGAGGAGACUAGAGAAGAUAAAGAAAAAGAAGAAGAUGGUGAUGGUGAUGGUGAUGAUGAUGAUGAUGAUGAAGAAGAACUGAGUGAUGCAGAAAUAGAGAGAAGACGUGAAUUGUUAAGAGAGAAGUUGUUGUAUCUGAGAGACGAAUUAGAUCUAAUGGAGACCGAAGAUGAAGAAGAUGAUGAAGAAGGUGGGCGGAAUACCAGCGACAGCAGUCAUUCUGGUUCGUCGGAGGACGAUGACACCAGUGACGCUGAAGACUCACAUUGUCCAAGACUGAAACCUGUGUUUAUACGUAAGAAAGACCGCACCACAAUCUUAGACAAAGAACGCACCGAGAAAAUGAUGAAGCAAGCGGAAAUGGAAGCGAAGAAAAACGCUGAAGAGAGACGAAAACAAGCCAUUAAACUAGUAGAGAUGACAGUGCUAAAGGAUAGGACGCUAUUAGACGCUAAGGAGGCGUCAUUGGAAGAUGUUGAUACCGAUGACGAAAAUGAUGAGACAGAAUACGAAAUGUGGAAACUGAGAGAAUUAAAACGUAUUAAGAGAGACAAAGAAGAAAGAGAACAACGUGAAAACGAGCAGCUUGAAGUGGAACAAAUACGAACCAUGACGGAAGAAGAAAGACGUCUCAAUUUUCGGGCAAAUCCCAAAAGAGUUACCAACAAAGCCAUCAAAGGAAAGUACAAGUUUUUGCAAAAGUAUUACCACAGGGGGUCAUAUUACAUGGACGAAGAAGAAGAUUUAUACAAGCGUGAUUUCUCUGCUCCUACUCUAGAAGAUCAGUUUGACAAAACUGUUUUACCCAAAGUUAUGCAGGUGAAAAACUUUGGCCGAAGUGGUCGGACGAAAUACACCCAUCUAGUGGAUCAAGACACAACACAGUUUGAUUCACCUUGGAUCUCAGAAACAGCUUUGAAUCUUAAAUUUCAUGCUGCUUUAGCCCCCGGUAUGAAACAAAAUUUCGAAAAACCUUCACGACGAAAGCCGAACCACUAA